AUGGCGUCGCAACCGCAAGCAGGUCAACGGCCGAAGGUCCAGCCCUGCCGAUACAAGACCGGAAAGACCCUAGGAGCUGGCUCCUACUCGGUCGUCAAGGAAUGUGUGCACAUCGACACCGGCCACUACUACGCGGCCAAGGUCAUCAACAAGCGCUUGAUGGCUGGACGUGAGCACAUGGUUCGAAAUGAAAUCGCGGUGCUGAAAAGGGUGUCGAUGGGGCAUCAGAACAUCCUGACCUUGGUCGAUUACUUUGAGACUAUGAACAACUUGUAUCUGGUUACCGAUCUUGCGCUUGGUGGCGAGCUUUUCGAUCGCAUUUGCCGAAAGGGCAGUUACUACGAAUCCGACGCUGCGGAUCUUAUUCGUGCCAUUCUUUCCGCUGUGGCAUACCUGCACGACCACGGCAUCGUGCAUCGGGACCUGAAGCCAGAGAACCUUCUUUUCCGCACUCCGGAGGAUAAUGCGGAUCUACUGAUCGCAGACUUUGGUUUGUCGAGGAUCAUGGACGAGGAGCAGUUCCACGUUCUCACAACGACGUGCGGUACACCGGGAUACAUGGCGCCCGAGAUCUUCAAGAAGAGUGGUCAUGGAAAGCCAGUAGACAUCUGGGCCAUCGGUGUCAUCACCUACUUCUUGCUAUGCGGCUACACCCCCUUUGACCGCGACUCCAACCUGGAAGAGAUGCAGGCCAUCCUUGCAGCAGACUACUCCUUCACCCCCAUCGAAUACUGGCGCGGCGUUUCCCACGACGCACGAGACUUCAUCAAGCGUUGCCUAACCAUCGACCCUAGCGCUCGGAUGACAGCCCACGACGCCUUGCAACACGCCUGGGUCAACCCGCCCUACGACACAUCCGCCGACAAGCUCGGCUCCGGCGAAGAUCUCCUCCCGACAGUCAAGAAGAACUUCAACGCUCGUCGCACCCUCCACAAGGCCAUCGAUACCGUUCGCGCCAUCAACAAGCUUCGCGAAGGCGGCGGCCUAAUGAUGGACGGCAUGAUGAGCGUCGACCCCAAGCCCGAACGAGUCAACGGCAACGACGUCAUCGAAGAACGACGGGACCACGAUGGAGACAUGGAAAUUGACGGCCGUGCCAAUGCUCGUGGUCAGACGGAAGAGCAGAUCCGCGCUCAGGAGCGGAAAGUCCAAGAAAUGGUCGCCGGGUUGUGGAGUCGCACUGGGAAGAAAUAA